GCUCGAUCGACACAGAGAGGUUAAUUGUUAAAACAGUUCCAAGUGAGAAAAAUGGAAUCCGGUGAUAUACUUGAUUGCGCCAUCAGAGUGAAAAACGAGCCUAGAGAUGGGUUGCUCAGUGAAAAUAAUUGUGAUAUGAUUGACGAGAAACCGGAUCUUAAAAGUGUUCAACUCUUACAAUUUCUGCGAGAAAACUCAGCUCAUAUCCAUCGUAGUUGCGACAUUACGUUUGAAAAAGAACUUGAUGAGGAAUUGAAAAUUACCUUUGAAUGUGAAGACGUCAAGCCCAACGUUGGUUCAUUAGCAUCUAAGAAAAUUGACCACUUGAAGGGUUUGAAAUAUAGCGAUGAUUUUAAAACUGAACGUAUAAUUAAAAUAGAACCCUUGGAUGAAGUGAAACAGGAAUUUUUCGGCGAUAAAGCUACGAUAUUGAGUUUCAAUCGUGGACUCAACGGAAAAAAUGAAAAAAUUACGAAAAAGUUUAACAACAAAAAUAGACUCAAAACACACGUUGGCUCGAUUAAUAAAGGUAAAAGUCAUUCGUGUCAAAUAUGCGGAAAGAAAUUUGCAAAUAAGUCUAAUCUGAAUAGGCAUGUCAAAUCAUCGCAUGAUCACAUCACACAUGCAUGUGAUGUAUGUAAAAAGACAUUUUCACUAAAAAGUAAUCUCAAAAUCCACGUAGAUUCAGUACACAAUCGUGUCACGCAUGCAUGCGAUAUUUGCGGCAAGACAUUUUCACAAAAAAGUAAUCUCAAAAUGCACAUAAAUUCAAUACACAAUCGUGUCACACAUGCAUGCGAUGUAUGCGGCAAGACAUUUUCACGAAAAGAUCAUCUCAAGACCCACAUCGAUGCAGUGCAUAAUAGUCUCACUUAUAAAUGCGAUACAUGCGGCAAGUCGUAUACUUAUAAACAUCAUCUCAAGACCCACGUAGAUGCAGUACACAAUCGUGUCACACAUGCAUGCCGUAUAUGCGGCAAGACAUUUUCACGAAAUAGUCAUCUCAAAAUCCACGUAGAUUCAGUACAUAAUAGUCUCUCUUAUAAAUGCGAUACAUGCGGCAAGUCGUAUACUUAUAAACAUCAUCUCAAGACCCACAUCGAUUCAGUACAUAAUGGUCUCACUUAUAAAUGCGAUGUAUGCGGUAAGACAUUUUCACAAAAAGAUAAUCUUAAGAAACACAUCAGGACCAUGCAUAAUAAAAUCACUCACCCAUGUGAUAUAUGCAAAAAGAAAUUCCCAGAUAAAAGUAAUCUUUACAAACAUAUAAAUUCAACGCACAAUGGUAUCAGAUAUGCAUGUAGUAUAUGCGGGAAGAAAUACUCCCAGAAAGGUGAUCUCAAAAACCACAUCGAUUCGGCCCAUAAUGGCAUCACACAUACUUGCAAUAUUUGCAGAAAAAAUUUUUCAUGUAAGAGUGCUCUUAACUUCCACAUAAAUGGUAUUCAUAAUGAUACAACAUUUGCAUGUGAUAUUUGUGGAAAGGAGUUCUCAAACAAAACUAAUCUUCACAAACAUAUCAAUUCGAUGCACAAUGGUAUCACGCGUGCAUGCGGUAUUUGUGGAAAAAAGUCCUUGGGUAAGAGUAGUCUCAAAAGACACAUCGAUACGAUUCACAAUAGUUUCAAACUUGCAUGUGAUAAAUGCGGCAAGACAUUUUCCCAAAAAAGUAAUAUGAAGAUCGACAUCGAUGAGGUGCAUAAUAAAAUUAAUCGCACAUGCAAUGCCUGCGGAAAAUAUACGUAAGAAAGUCGAGU